GUUUCCUGGGUGUCCAAGCCCAGGGGUCGUCUUGCUACUCUUGCCUCAGCCGCCUGCGGUUACCUUCUCCGCCCGGUCUUGUUGCUGUCGCCGCCUUCGUCUGCACCAUGGCUUUCGCAACCAGGCAGCUCGUGCGCUCCUUGUCCUCCUCGUCCACCGCCGCGGCCUCGGCGAAGAAAAUCCUCGUCAAGCACGUGACGGUCAUCGGCGGCGGGCUGAUGGGCGCAGGCAUUGCCCAGGUUGCUGCAGCAACUGGCCACACGGUAGUGUUGGUAGAUCAAACAGAGGACAUCCUAGCAAAAUCUAAAAAGGGAAUUGAGGAAAGCCUUCGGAAAGUGGCCAAGAAGAAGUUUGCGGAAAACCCCAAGGCUGGCGAUGAAUUCGUGGAGAAGACCCUGAGCAGCAUAUCCACCAGCACGGACGCAGCAUCCGUGGUCCACAGCACAGACCUGGUGGUGGAGGCCAUCGUGGAGAACCUGAAGGUGAAGAGCGAGCUCUUCAAGAGGCUGGACAAGUUUGCUGCUGAACACACAAUCUUUGCCAGCAACACUUCCUCUUUGCAGAUCACAAGCCUAGCCAAUGCCACCACCAGACAGGACCGAUUUGCCGGGCUCCAUUUCUUCAACCCAGUGCCCUUGAUGAAACUUGUGGAGGUCGUCAAAACACCAAUGACCAGCCAGAAGACAUUGGAAUCUCUGGUAGACUUCAGCAAAACCCUGGGAAAGCAUCCUGUUUCUUGCAAGGACACUCCUGGGUUUAUCGUGAACCGUCUCCUGGUGCCGUACCUCAUAGAAGCAGUCAGGCUGUACGAACGAGGUGACGCAUCCAAGGAAGACAUUGAUACUGCUAUGAAGCUGGGUGCUGGGUACCCCAUGGGCCCAUUUGAACUUCUCGAUUAUGUUGGACUGGAUACUACCAAGUUCAUCAUAGAUGGGUGGCAUGAAAUGGAUUCACAGAACCCCCUGUUUCAGCCCAGCCCAGCCAUGAAUAAGCUGGUAGCGGAGAAUAAGUUUGGCAAGAAGACUGGAGAAGGAUUUUACAAAUACAAAUGAGGCGCAGCUUCUCUGGCUCCUAGAGGAAGCCCCGUAAGCACAUACCAGCAGCUCCCCAAGUGCCCUCGGGAAUGCUCUUUGGCCAGACGUUCCCCACACAGCAUGAUCUGUUCAGUGUGCAUUUUGAUUGUAAUCUAUCUGAACUAAUUACACUAGUUACAGUAAUAGCAGAUUUCUCCAUUGAGAACAAAUUCUCUUAGUCUGUUCAUUUCUGUGUAUUUUCCCAAAAGCUUUAACACCCUUGGUGCCUUGGAACGAACAUUUCUUCCGAACCUUCGUUUUUGUAACGUUGCCUGAAGUCACUCACUUGUAAAGGGAAGACACUUCCUGAAAGCAUCUCAUGUUCAUUGCUGCCACACGGCAGAGUCUCAAGCCACUGACACGUCAUGGUGUGUCUGAAGGGCUGUGCGAGCAGCACCUGCAUCGCCUUUACCAGAAUGUUCGCUGCCUGCAGCUCCCAGCCUUACGCCACGUUUUGGGUACGAUGUCAGCUGUCGGGUCUCGAUUCAACUCAUCCUCAAGACACUGCUUCUGGGUCAGUGGGAAUAUCCCCAUGUGCUUGGUUGUGGGAAGAGGUUUCACUCACGUCCAAAAUCUGCAUAGUGUCCGUCCAUCUCUCUCUUUUUUUCAUGAGAAAUCAUUGCUACAAUUUGAGUCUAAUAAAAU